AUGGCACCGAAACUCGGCAGUGUCAAGGUCGUGUUGCUUGACAUCGAAGGGACCGUGUGCCCCAUUUCUUUUGUCAAAGAUGUCUUGUUCCCCUAUGCUGUCAACGUUCUGCCGGCCACCUUAGACAAGCAGUGGGACAGCCCUGACUUUUCUCACUACCGGAACACUUUCCCUGAUGAUUGCGUGUCUGACCGUUCCGCUUUCGAGGCUCACUUCCGGGACCUCGUCAGCCGCGAUGUCAAGAUUUCUUACCUCAAGGCUCUCCAAGGCUAUCUCUGGAAGGAGGGCUACAAAUCUGGCGAGAUCAAGGCACCCCUCUUCAAAGAUGUCCCUGGGCGUCUUCUAUCGUGGAAAAACGCCGGUUUGCGCCUGGUUAUCUACUCAUCCGGCUCUGUUCCCGCGCAGAAACUCUUCUUUGCUCACACAGAUGCUCAGCCGUCGGACUUGACACCCCUCAUCUCUGGCUGGUUCGACACUGUUAACGCCGGCCUCAAAACCGAGUCUAGCAGCUACACCAAUAUCUUAUCCAACUUUCAAGAUACCAAGGCUGAUGAGUGGCUCUUCCUCAGCGACAAUCCACUUGAAGUCUCAGCCGCCAUUGCGGCAGGAAUGCGAAGCAUACCCGUCGUUCGCCCGGGCAACGCACCUUUGCCGGCUGAUAUGAACCCUCAGCCUAUCAGGGACUUCAAUGAGUUGGAGGAUCAUGGAUCAACACAAUGA